AUGGACCAGACUACUUUCAGGGUCCAACCCCGAGCCCGGCCUCCCCUCUCUCUUUAUCUAGAAGCCUGGGGACAGAGAGAGCCGCGGGAUGCUCUGGGAAACUCCCAAGUCGCUGGGGAUGCUCGGAUGCUCUCCACUUUGGAGCGCCUCUCCCGGGUCCCUACCCGGGAGAAGCAAGUCGGAGACGUCAGGCGGAAGGGAGCCAGGCUCUCGAGCUUUAAAUGGUAUUUGUUGUCAUCUGAGCAUGCUCCCGUGUGGGCAGACGGGGGAUAUAUAAGCGAGAGAAGCCGGCGACCCCGAGGCAGACGCAGCGGCAGCGGGCAGCGGCGGCCAGCUGGGAGUGAGGGCAGCGGCGCAGAAGCCGGAGCCGACCGCCUACCAGGCAAUAGCACUAACAGCAGCAGCAGCAGUAGCGGCAGCGGCAGCGGCAGCAGCAGCAUCCCAGGGCCAGCCUCAGUAGCAGCAGCAGUGAGAAGGGGCCCCGAGCAGCCUCUGCAUCCCCCCCACCCCCACGUUCCCAGCCCCGAUCCGGGGCGUCCCGCCCAGCCGGCCCCUAGACGGGGAGGCCCGCCGCUGACCCCCCCGCAGCCCCCAGCGGGCCGUCCCUUCCCGCUCGCCCGCCGCCCCGGCAGCAGAUUGGAUCCCCCGGCCGGCGGACGUCGGGCCGCGCCCCGGGGGGAGCCGCCGGUUCCCAGCCCGCCCGGCCCGGGGGGCGUCCGCUCCUGCACGCCGCCGCCCACCUCCGGCACCUCCCCAGAGCCGGGCCCCGGGCCGAGCGGCAGCCCGAUGGCAGCAGCGGCGGCCGCGGCAGCCAAGCCGCCCGAGUUGAUGGGCAUCUGCUCCAGCUACCAAGCGGUCAUGCCCCACUUCGUGUGCCUGGCCGACGAAUUUCCGCAGCCCGCGCUGCCCACUAAGCUGCCCCGGGGCAAGGGCAAGCUGCGGCGGCCCCGCCAGUCGCGCUUCAAGACCCAGCCCGUGACGUUCGACGAGAUCCAGGAGGUGGAGGAAGAGGGGGUGUCCCCGAUGGAGGAGGAGAAGGCCAAGAAGUCGUUCCUGCAGUCUCUCGAGUGCCUGCGUCGGAGCACCCAGAACCUCAGCCUGCCGCGCGAGCAGCUCGGCAGCUGCAAGAUGCGGAACAGCCUGGACUCCAGCGACUCGGACUCGGCGCUCUGAGAUCGCCCCUCCCCCCUCCGCCCUCCCAGCCAAGGACUUGAUUUGGCCCCGGCCCUUGUGGGGGGGCUGCCCGCCGAACCCGGGUCUCUGCUUCUACACUGGCAGAGCUGAGAACUCGUUGCCCUCCUCCGGGCGCUUAUCCGGGGCCGGGACUUGGAGCGAGGCGGGGCAAAUGCCCCGAUUAGGCAGCCUAGGGGGCCAAAGGAAGGGCUCCCCCUCCCCGUCCCCACUUUUCUUUUACUUUGCGAGAGAGAGGGAGAGAGAGAGAGAGAGAGA